GAUCGGAAGUGGAGGAGAGUUACUUCCAUAAAGAAAAUGGACACGCGCUUCACUCGAGGGAAGUCCAGCAUCCUGGAGCGUCCGCUGACCCGGCCCAAGACGGAGGUGAGCGUGAGCGCCUUCGCGCUGCUCUUCUCCGAGAUGGUGCAGUACUGCCAGAGCCGCGUCUACUCGGUGUCGGAGCUGCAGACGCGCCUGGCGGACAUGGGCCAGAGCGUGGGAGCCAGCAUGCUGGACGUCCUGGUGCUGCGGGAGAAGAACGGCAAGCGGGAGACCAAAGUGCUCAACAUGCUGCUCUUCAUCAAGGUGAACGUGUGGAAGUCUCUGUUCGGUAAGGAAGCCGACAAGCUGGAGCAGGCCAACGACGACGACAAGACGUACUACAUCAUCGAGAAGGAGCCGCUCAUCAACGCCUACAUCUCCGUGCCCAAAGAGAACAGCAGCUUGAACUGCGCCGCCUUCACCGCCGGCAUCGUGGAGGCCGUGCUGACGCACAGCGGCUUCCCCGCCAAGGUCACCGCCCACUGGCACAAGGGCACCACGCUCAUGAUCAAGUUCAACGAGUCGGUCAUCACCAGGGACAAGGCGCUGGACGGCAGAUAAGAGCGGGAGGAGAGGUGGAGGAGGUGGACUGAGCGACAGCCGGAGCAGCGAGCUUCGUUUUUACCUCAUCGAUCAUCAUAGAUCCUUCGUUCUGUAGUUUUCUAUCACUUAAUUUCAUCACAGGCAAAUAAAAAAGGAUAAACUUAGUGAAUCUUUAAUUUCCAGAACUCCCCAUCACUGUACCGGUGUGAGCGCUUCAGGCCCUGUUCACACCACGUUUUCCAGGGAGAACGGAAAACUUCUGUUGGGGUUGUUUUGUUGGGUCUGUUUCCAUGGCAAAGGAGCACCGAGCCGCGAAAACACUCCAGUGCAACUGUGUGAUGACGCUGUGGUUCUGUCUCUGUGGAAACCGGGUGCCUGUCCGGUGGUUUCAUUGCAAAACAAACAACAACGUGAAAACGACAGUUUCUGCUGCCUCCAUGUCGGCAGACGCUGUUUUCCAAAACACACACACACACACACACACACAAUGCAUUUUCUUUUGAAACGUCGUCAUGGAAAGGAGGCCUCCGUUACCGUGGCGAUUUGUUCGGUUUACAUGAACAGGAGGAUUUCUUUUUGUGCUCGACUCCAAAUUAAAACAUUAAAAAAAAAAUUGGUGAAAAUCUGAUAAAUCAAGUGAAGAGCAGAGGUCAAGAAACAGGUUGUUUAAAAAAAGACUGUUUACAGUUAAAGUCAAACUAUUGAAACCAAAUGUCGAAAUAAGAUGUGAAAAUUUGACAAAGGAGGCAAAAAUACAUUUAAAUAAUGCACAAUUAUAUUUAGGCAACAGAAGAGUUUAGGUAGUAUCAACAUAUUUAUAUUCAAAUUAAAAUGUUUGCAACCAAGUGAAAAGAAAUGAGAAUAAAUUCCGAAGAUGAUUCACAAUUCAUUCACGAAUAAUUCAGAUACCAAGAAUUGAAUCAAAAAGUUUGAAAAAACAGUCUGUGAAUAUAUGAAUAAAGUUAAAGCCUGGGUGUGUCAGAAGCUGUAAAUAAGAAAAUGUCACAGGAACAAUAAAAAGACCAACACACAGAAAAUGUCAUUCAUGUCUUCAGUGUCUCUUUGUUUGUGAGGAAUAUGUUUGAUUAAAAAAAUGUGGAUGUGAGUAAAAUGAAAUGAAAGCUGUUAGAAAUACAAACAUGAUCAUGGAGUUUUCAUAAGGUGAAUAAAAAGUUGUUUGA